AUGGAUAAAGUUGGUGACUCGUAGGCCGCAUCUCAGCGAAAAUGCCAAAAAGGGUAUUAUCAUAAUUUCACAUAGUCUUCUUCCUCGGUCCACACCUUCUGCUCUUCCUCCAUGCCAACUAUUUUCUGAUUCAAUCAAUGAAGAACAAAAAAGAAUCCAGCUUCACCCGCUUCGAUCUCCUAUCCGAAGAAAUAGUCUUCACAAUCCUCGAUUUCCUCCACCAAAACCCUGGCGAUAUCAAGUCAUUUUCUCUCGUUUGUACCUCAUUCCACGCAAUCGAGUCUCGCCACAGGAGAUUCCUCAAACCCCUCCGCUCCGAGCAUUUUCCCAAGCUCUUCGCCAGAUAUCGCCAUAUCUCAAAUCUCGAUCUCUCCCUGUGUCCGAGGAUAACCGACGCCUCCCUGGGCGCGAUUGCCGCCGGCUGUAAGGAGGCGUUGAGGUCGAUUGACCUCUCUAGGUCGAGCUUCUUCUCCCACGCGGGGUUAUCGAAUCUGGUUGCGAAUUGCUCCAAUUUGGUUGAGAUUGAUCUGUCGAAUGCGGCGGAGCUCAGGGACACGGCGGCGGCGGCGGUGGCGGAGGCCAGGAAUCUGGAGAGGCUGUGGCUGGUGAGGUGUAAAUCGAUUACGGAUAUUGGGAUUGGGUGUAUUGCUGUGGGGUGCCGGAAAUUGAGGCUGCUUAGCUUGAAAUGGUGUUUAGGGAUUGGGGAUUUGGGGGUGGGAUUGAUUGCUGUGAAAUGCAAGGGUUUGAGGAGUUUGGAUCUCUCUUACUUGCCGAUCACCAAUAAAUGUUUGUCACAAAUAUUAGAGUUGCAACACCUUGAAGAUCUCGUUCUUGAAGGAUGUUUCGGGAUUGAUGAUGACAGACUCACAGCUCCGAAGCUAGGAUGCAAAUCAUUGGAGACGCUUGAUAUGUCGAGCUGUCAGAAUGUGAGCUAUGUCGGUUUGACUUCUCUAACCAGCGCUGUUGGAAGUCUCAGGCAACUCAUCUUAUCAUAUGGCUCUCGUGUGGAUCUUGCUCUUGCUAAUAGUUUGCAGAGCCUCUCGACGUUACAAUGUAUAAAACUUGAUGGUUGCCAGGUCACUUGCUCGGGGCUCAAGGCCAUUGGAAACUUGUGCAUCUCCUUGAAGGAACUGAGCCUCAGUAAAUGUACCGGGGUGACAGAUGAAGGGCUUUCCUCACUCGUAACUAAGCAUAAAGACUUGCAGAAGCUGGACAUCACCUGCUGCCGCAAGAUAACUCACGUCUCGCUUGCCCACAUCACGAAUUCUUGCACCUCCCUCGUCUCUCUAAAGAUGGAAUCAUGCACCUCGGUCUCUGCUGAAGCUUUCGUCUUGAUAGGGCAGCGGUGCCAGCUUCUUGAGGAGCUUGACCUCACUGACAAUGAAAUAGAUGAUGAAGGCCUCAAGUCCAUCUCAAGUUGCUCACAGCUCUCGAGCAUUAAGCUUGGGAUCUGCCUGAAUAUAACGGACGAGGGUGCAACACACAUUGGCAUUUCGUGUUCAAAGCUCAAAGAGAUAGACUUAUACAGAUCAGCUGGGAUUACGGAUUCAAGUAUUCUAGCCAUUUCUCGUGGCUGCCCCGACCUUGAAAUGAUCAACGUAGCCUAUUGCACGUCCAUAUCCGAUACCUCGUUUAUCGCCAUGUCAAAAUGCACAAAGUUGAGCACAUUAGAGAGUCGAGGAUGCCCCCUUGUCACGUCGUUGGGCCUAGCCGCCAUCGCCGUCGGAUGCAAGCAACUCACCCGAUUAGACAUCAAGAAGUGUGUGAACAUAGACGAUGGUGGAAUGAUUCCUCUAUCUCAUUUCUCUCAGAAUCUCAAGCAGAUAAAUUUGUCCUAUACCAACGUCACGGACUUGGGGCUCUUGUCACUCGCGAGGAUCAGCUGCCUGCAGAGCAUGACCCUCCUCCACCAAGAGGGGGUGACUCCAGCUGGACUAGCCGCUGCACUCUUGGCGUGCAGCGGGCUAACAAAAGUGAAGCUUCAGGCAUCGUUCAAGUCACUGUUGCCACCUUGGCUCUUUGAACAUUUGGAGGCCCGCGGCUGCUCUCUCCUGUGGAGAGAAAAGGUAUUUCAGGCUGAAUUGGAUCCUAAGUGUUGGAAACUGCCGUUGGUGGAUUUGGAAUAGGUGGAGUAGGUGAUCUCGCGAUACGACCUGUGGCUGAUUGUCGGGUUCGAAAGCUAGAUCGAUGUCGAUAGUCUUCGUUGUACAGGUUUGUGAAGAUGGCUUUGUGUGAAGAUUGUAAUUCAUGUUUGAUAGUAGUAUUGUAUAGAAUCAUGCAUAUUAGUUGCGCGUAUGAGAUGUUUCCAACUCACAACCUCUUGGAGAAAGAGUCUGCAUUAUUCUUUCUCUUA